UGGCGGUGGUCCGACGGCCUCCUCUCCUCGCCCACCCCCUGCUCACCCUGCCGUGCCCGCGGGAUCAUGGGCUCACGGCGGAGCCCUCUACAGUUUGUGGUGUGUGCCGGUGCAGUGCAGAAGGCGCAUGCUUUGUGAAAAAAAAGGACUUAGUUUUUCUGGGAUGUUUCUGUUGGUUUUUCAGGCAAACUUAUAAUGAUUUUGUUUAACAGAAGUUCAUCCCGCGUUGUGUUACAUUUCAUUUUUCUUGACUGUGUGGCCCGCUUGCUUUGUCCACUAACAUCCCCUCGACAAGUAAUUCGCUAUGUUACUAUGUACUCUCUCCGUUCCUAAGUGUUUUUACUAUGAACCAUGUACGGAUGUAUCUAGAUGCAUUUUAGAGUAUAGAUUCACUCAUUUUGCUCCGUA